AUGAAUGCUGGAGAUGAUAUCCCUUCACCAUUGCUGCAGCUUUUGUCAUUUGAAAAAAUGUUUGGUGAUCCAAAUGACAAUGACAGAUACAAAAUAAUAUUGUCAGAUGGCAUGUAUAUGCAGAUAGCCAUUUUGCCACCCAAGUAUGCUGACUUAUUGCAUGCAGAGACGUUGAAGAUAGGCUCUAUUCUUUUGUUGACAAACUAUGCUUGUCGAUAUGUUUGGAACACAAGGUCCAUCAUUAUAUUCACUCUUGAUGUGAAACAAACGGAUUGUCAUUUGCUUGGAAAACCUCGAUACCUCUUUAAAGAACAGGAAGAGCAAAUGUUGGGCCGAGAAACCCCACCCUCCACUAAAUGUGCUCUUAAAUUCGGUGCAGAGUUGCCUUCCCCACAAAAUCCUCCCUCUGAAAAUAUCAGCCCUAUUAAAAGCUUGAACCCUUACCAGAACAAUUGGACCAUAAAAGGCCGCGUAACAAAUAAGAGGAAGAUGCAUCAAUAUAACACGCCAGAGCGUAAUGGCCAAGUUUUUAGUUUCGAUAUUAUAGACGAAGAGGGUUGUGAAAUUAGAAUCACUUCCUUUGACGAAAUAGCAGAACUGCACUAUCACCGAGUUGAAAAAGGAGCUUCAUAUGUUCUUUCCAAAGGUACUGUAAAAGAAGCAAACACAACUGAAAUAAAAACAUGCUUCACCCCUAUUGAUGAAGUUCUCACCACUGCCAACAAUACUUUGGUUGAUGUUCUUGGUGCUGUUGUUGAUGUUAGAGAGAUUUCUGUGAUUCAUAGGAAGGAUGGCUCUACAGUAAACAAGAGAAUAGUAAAAAUAAAUGAUAUGUCAACUUUGACAAUAGAUGUUAACCUUUGGGGCCCGCCGUCAGAACAACUAGGCAGUGACUUGAAGAAUAUGCAUGCAUCUGGAACAUUUGUCAUCCUUGUUGUUCAAAAUGCAAGGGUUGGUUAUUUCAACGGAAAAGUCAUUAAUACUUCAGCGUCUACAAUUUUUGAAAUUGACCCUUCUAUUCCUGAAGUAGACCCACUCCGUUUAAGAGGCGCUAUCUCCAAAGAGCCAGCUCCACAAAUAUCAGAUUUGAAAAAAGCUAGAAAGAAAGAGCAAAAUAGGAUCUACCAUGCAAAACAUAGAGACGAAAUUUCUAUAAAGCGGCAAUACAAACGCCUUAAUCAAAACAUGGAUUCCAAUUUUUUGCAACCAUUGCCAAAUCUGGUUGCAGCCGACUCUUCGGGUAUCCCCAUACCUCACAUAUUGCCACCCUCAUCUAAAAAACAUCCAUCAGCUAUGCUCCAGCCACAUUCAGCUGUGCUCACCCAGUCAGCCGCACAAUAUGAACAACCUUGCAAGCAACCUUUACCAAUUGGUCAGCAAACAAAUGCUGCUUCUAUUGCUAUGGUGACACCAAUCUCAGAACAUCUCAGAUCUUCUGCAUUUACAGAUGCAUUGGCUUCUUUCUGGACAAAAAUAGAUAGCUUGUCGCAUCUACACAUAUGUUCAACUUGCAAAGAAAAGUAUGUUGGUAUGCAUGUCAAAUUAACUCAACCUGUUGUCAUUUGCGCAAGAUGCUAUAACGAGAAGGGUGUUCACUGA